AUGAAGGAAUCAUUGGACUCAUGCAUCAGAGAAAUAAAUCAAGCAACAGAAUCAAUAUCUACAUUAUAUUUUAAGCCCCCUGGUAUUUUUCACAAUGCUGUAGUUCAUAAUAUUGUGAACAAAGGAUCCAAUGAAUAUAAAAGUAAUUUAACUAAACUAAUAAGAGAUUGUAAUCCCAAGGAGGAAGUGUCUUUAUUUAAAGUUGAUAAAGUUAAAAAAACAAUCAAGAGGAAAGAUGGUCAAGAAGGAAUAUUUGAUUAUUUAUCGGAGAGAAAUGCAAAUAUAAAACGAAAUAGAAGGAUUGGGAUUCCAGGUGAGAAACCAAUUAUUCAUGUACCAAAGGAAUUCUAUUUGAAGCAACAUAAUAGAGAGCUCACAGAUAAGAAAAGAAGAACAACAAAUAAUCUACUAUUCAAUAUGGAUAAUAAGUCUUCAAAAGUCGGGAGUGUGGACUCUGGAUCUCUAGAGAUUUUACUCAAUAAAUUCAAGAACAAUAAACAGAUCCUAAACUUACUAUAUGCUUUGCAAAAUGGUAGUGUCAUGGUGGAGAAUGAUUCAAUAAUGCCUAAUCAAUUCGUUGCUGAUAAGAGAAAGACCAUGUUUGUAGAAGAUUUCUCACCAGAAUUGAUUUUAGAAGUCCUUGAUGAGAUAGCCAAACAAUGGCCAUUGGCAGAAUAUCGGGAAAGUUACAAUGAACUACAGGAGAGAUAUCUAGAUCUAAAAGCUAAAAUCGAUGUGGCAAGAAAGGAAGCAGACCUACAAGAAGAACAGUUAGAUAUACAGUCGAAAAGCAGUUCAAUGGCAUCAUCAAAUGCCGUAACGAAGUUAAUAGAGAAGGAGCGAAAUAAUAUUAUGACUCUCGAGGAAAAAAUCAGGAAACUAGAAGCUGAUAAAGAUAUUCAAGAACCGUAA